UUAAUUUUUUCCCGCAUUUUAGUAAAUACUAAAUUUAAACUAUAGUAAUUUGUUUUUUGUAUUUAUAAAAUUAUAAAUUUUAUUUUGCAGACUGCAGACUCAAAGAAUAAUUUACUCUAACGAGCUCAAGCUCAACAAAUAUUUCUAUUGGAAAUGGAAACCAAACGAACAAUGUCGGAUGAUUGGAAAGCUUAUGUGAGUGAUACUCGUACGAUAUGUAAAUAUGGUGCAAAGUGUUAUCAAAAGAAUCCCGAACACCAUAAAACUUAUAAACACCCGCCUAAUUUAAAAGCCAAGAACACACCCGCUAAAAAACGGUUUACGCCCUAUAACACUAAUAGAAAACCUGAUGAAAGAAACACUGCUGCGACUACCGAAAAUAUUGAAAGCUCAGAACGUUGGGAUUGUAAGGAAUCGACUCAACAUUUAAAAAAUUCGACCUUAGAUAUUAAUGAAGAUAGUCUAUUGAGUAUCGUUGAAGUAGAUGGUGAUACUACUUUAUACGGAAAUGAAACUGAUAAUAGAAUAUUUAAAGAAUGUUUCUUGGUUGAAAUGCCUAAUGACUUUUUCAAGUUCUAUGAGUGCUUGUGUAAAGAAUCAUCAUCAGUUGAAAGCUUAAUGGCAAGUGUGAAUUUAGAAUUAGUUGGGCCAUUUGAUUUAGUAUCGGGAAAGUUACCAAAAUUAGAAGAUACAAAACUAUAUUUGAGUCAUUGGAGAUUUUUUUAUGACCCACCAGAAUUUCAGACAGUUCUUAAAAAAAGGGGAAACAGUGAGGUUCACAUUGGAUACUACAGGGAUGAUCCAAAUAGCACGCCAGCAUUUCUAGCUGUCAAUGACAGUUCUAAAGACCACCAGAUAACACCAAUUGCUGAAAAUAUUUUUGGAGCUGUGUACUGGUUUUUACAAAAUGAGAAGAAUUCAUCACCAUUUAUGUCUAUGGUUUGUCAAAAAUUAUCUGACAAGGUAAAAAAAUGGGCUGAGGAAAAUAACUAUUCUGUACAGGAGUUUGACAAAAAGAAAAGAUUGCAACAAAUUGUUUGUAAAACAUUUCAUGGAGCUGGUAUUGUGGUGCCUUAUAAUAAGAAAACUCAAUUAGGAUAUAGGAAAUUAGUGGAAAGUGAUUCAAACUUGAAGAAACUAUUCAAAAAACUAGCCGAAGCCACAUCAGACAGUGAAAAAGACAAGAUAUUGUCAGAUUUGCAGCCCGUUAUAACAUAUUCAAGCAUUGCAAUGGAUGAAUGUGAUUUUGGGACAGGCUUGGAAGCUGGGAUUGCAUUGUUUUGUUCAGGAUUGAAGGAGCUCCAUUCUAGUGUACUCAGUCUUUUGACUUCGGCAUAUUCAUUGCUACAACGAGAAGAAUUUGGCAAAAUUAUUGAGAGUCAUUUAAAAUACCGUCGUAAGGGUACCAAUAUGGCAACGUGGAAGGAGAAAAAAUGCUUUUAGAUACUACUUACAUUAUAUUUGUUUUAAAGUUAUAAUAAAAUAUUUUUAACGCUUUUUAAA